AUGGAAGCCAGUCAUAAACAGCUUAUUUAUCUUCGCAAUAAUCGGUCGCCGCAAGCGCUUGCAACGUGCGACAAGUCACACUGGGAUUUCAACUGCAGAUGAUCAAUGUUGGACGGAUGGUAUUGCCGAUCUAUUGGAAACAACAAUGCAGACGCAGAAGGAGAGGACGAUGAAGAUAGUCCCGAGGAAGAAGUGCCUAACUACAAAGACCAGUAUCGCAAUCUCAAGCGGAAGCUAAAGUUCCUGAUUUAUGAAAAUGAGUGUUUCCAAGAAGCUCUGCGUUCUACACAGAGAAAACUGCUCAAGGUGAACAGAGACAAGAGUUUCCUGCUGGAUCGUCUUCUUCAAUAUGAAAAAGUCGACGCGUCGUUCAGUGAGAGCGACGAGACAGAGUCGUCGGAUGAGGAGGUUGUUCGUCUCGACAAUUCCAAGAGAAAGAAGGUCGAGAUAAAUGUCAACAAUCAUACUCCUCAUCACCCAUCGGUGAUCACAAAGCCACUCAGUACCAGUAAGAAGAAAAAGAGCACGCCAAAAGUCGCUAAGACAAACAGCACCCCUAUAGUACAAUCUUCGAAUAAUAUGGUUCCGGUAUCUUUAAUGUCUGACGGACACAUGACACCGGAGGAGGUAGAGAGACAUUUAGAGUCCCGCCAGACUUAUUUGGAGCUUGUGCCCGAGAAAGCACCUCCCACGGUUCCAACUGAAAUGUUCAGUAAUGAUCCUUCUCUGGACAGCGAAUCAAACGAGAUCGGAGAGCUGGAGACCUCGCCCAGUAACAUGGGAGAAGAUUGCCUCAGCGUGGACAUGAUGGCGGAGUGACAAACAUUCGUUUAUAGUU